CCCCUGUGGCGCCUCAGUGCGCGCUCCCGGAAGUGGCGGCCGCCGCGCGUGUGGGGUGGGCCUGGGUGGGGUCUGCGGGGGUCGUGGCCGGAAAGAAACGUCCCAGGCCGGGAAGGCGCCAGCGCUGGCGGCGAACUGAGCCGGGUGUUGCGGGGCCGACCCGCCGACGGGGACUGAGGUGCUGACCGCGAGCGGCGCGCCUGGAGGACCGACUGACGGGCAGUGAGCGGGACCGACGCGCAGACCGAGUGUAGAACUCACCGGUCGCACGUGGGACCGACUGGCCGGCUGUGUGUGUGCCUGAGAGGUUGUGCUUCUGCGUCGGCGCGUGCGGGUGUGCGCUUCCUACCGACGGCGUGGCAGUGGGUGACCGUCGGACGUGGGGUGCGGCUGACGGCGACGGGGGUCGGAGCUUUCGCGGGGGUGUCGUGUGAUGUGAGGAGAGCGCGGGGGUGCGGCCGGCCGCGUGACUUCAGGCGGGACGCAGAGCGUCCCUGGCUGAGACGGUGGUCAGGGACUGUGAGUGACUGUGGGGGAAUUCCACUGGUGAGUGACACAGAAAUGUGCUCCUGGGUGGCUGACACGGUGCCUGAGGCAGGGUGUGCGCCUGUCACUGCGGGACUAAGAUUUUGUCAGGGUACUGAGAUGCGGGUGAUUUGCAGAGUUUGCCAAGGAUGCGACGGAGAGUUUCGCUUCCGCCUGUCUGCAGCCGGAAUUGACCGCGGUCCCCAGCCGGCUUUGCGGCUAUGUUCCCCAGCACCGGCCGUGGGCCCGAGUCUGGCAGGAGGCUGUGGAGUGUCAGGUUGGUUGUUCACCCCGUGUCUGCAGUGUGCCAGGCCGGUACUGGACGUUUGUCGCGGAUCGCCUUGGGUAACCUCACAGCAGCCCUCUGAGGUAGGUGCCACUUACCAGGUCGGUGACUCGCAAGGACAGAGAAAUGGAAGAACCGCUGUGCUCAGUUGGUUGAACACUCAUGGAUCGGGGACCUUGACCUGAUGUGAGGUCGGCACGUUGGGGGAUGGGUCCAUAUGUCUCAGAUUUUCCAGAACAGGAGUUUCAGGGGUGCAGCAAAGGGAGCUUGGAAUCUUGCUGCAUGUAUCGUCAUCCCUGCCAUUCCUGCUCCUCCUCCCCUGUACAGUGACUCCCCACAUCUGUGGGUGACCAUGCUCAGCCUUUCCUGGUCCCUCCAUUUGCUCAGCACCUGUUUAUUAUGCACUUGACAUAGGCCGUGCUCUGGGCACUGUGGGCUCCAGUGUGCUCAGUCUCUCUGGGGCAACAUAUGGUUCUAGCCGGAGCUGGGAAAAGAGAGACCCAGGGCACUCAGAAGGAUACUCAGCUUGCUCUCAAGUGCUCCUACAACUCUUGGAGAAGACGGCAGAUAAAGUGCAGUCUGGAGGACCGGGAAAAAUUAGGUGCAAAGAGAUUUUAGAACAAAAGAAUAAUAGAGGCAAAGGCUGAGAAGAUGGGGAUCGGGGAUAACGGCAAGGGCAAGGGGACAAGAAGCCCAAGCGAGCUUCAGGGUGGAGUUAGGGGCUAGAACACAGUUUUGUGAGAAGUUGCCACCUGCCGCUGAAAAGUCGCAGGAUUGGGGUCUUGUUUCACUAACCUUUGCUUCUCCCUGUGCCCAAGACCAUGGCUCAUGUGCCAACCAACAUUUGUUAUCUGUCUUUUUGAUUUUAGCCAUCUUAGCGGGUGUAAAGCGGUAUCUCACUGUGGGUUUGAUUUGCAUUUCUCUGGUAGUCAUGAUGUCAAGCAAUGUUUCAUGUUGCCUACAGGGCAUUGGUGUAUCUUCUUUGAAGAACUGUCUAGUCAAAACCUUUGCCCACUCUUAAUUUUUUUUUAACGUUUAUUCAUUUUUGGGAGACAGAGCGUGAGUGGGGGAGGGGCAGAGAGACACAGACUCCAAAGCGGGCUGCAGGCUCUGAACUGUCAGCACAGAGCCGGAUGCGGGGCUUGAACCCACAGACCAUGAGAUCAUGACUUGAACUGAAGUCGGAUGCGUAACUGACUGAGCCACCCAAGCGCCCCAACCUUUGCCCAUUCUUUAGCUGGAUUAUUUAUCUUUUUACCAUGGAGUUGUUUAGAUACGUAUUCCUUAUCAGAUACCUAAUUUGAAAAUAUUUCGUGCCAUUUUGUGGGUUGCCUUUUUGCUUUCUUGAUGAUAUCCUUCAAAUCAUGAAACGUUUUAAUUUUGAUCAAGUUGUUUACUUUAUUUUUUAUCACUUAUCCAGGAAGGCUUUGCAUUUUUAAAAUUCCAGUAUAGUUAACAUACAAUAUUAUAUUAGUUUCAGCUGUACAACAUAGUGAUUCAACACUUAUAUAUGGUAUAAAAUGAUCACCAUAAUAAAUCUACUUACCAUCUCUUACCAUACAAAGUUAAUACAAUUUUAUUAUCUAUUUUCCAUGUGCUAUAUGUUACAUCACUAUGACCUAUUUAUUUUAUGACUAGAAGUUUGCACCUCUUAAUCCCUUUCACCCAUUUCACCCAGUCCCAAAUCCCCUUCUCCUCUGGCAACCAUCAGUCCGUAUUUGUGAAUCUAGUUUUGAGUUGUAUGUCCAUUUGUUUUGCUUUUUAGAUCCACAUAUAGCUGAAAUCAUAUGGUAUUUAUCUUUCUCUAAUUUAUUUCACUUGGCAUAAUAACCUCAAGGUCCAUCCAUGCUGUUUGUUCUUUAUUAUGGCUGAGUAAUAUUUUAUUGUAUGUAUGGGUGCCACAUCUUCUUUAUCCAUUCAUCUGUUGAUGGACAGUUAGGUUGCUUCCAUAUCUUGGCUAUUGUAAAUAAUGCUGCAGUGAAUAUAGGCGUUAAUAUAUCUUUUCAAGUUAGUGUUUGCAUUUUCGUUUGGAUAAAUGCCCAGAAGUGAAAUUGCUGGAUUGUAUGAUAGUACUUUUUUUUUUCUUUUGCAUUAUUUUUAAGUUUAUGUGGAUAUUUAAGUUUUUGUGGAAUGUUGACCAAAGUUAACCAUACACUGGGUCACAAACCAAGUUUCAGCAAAUUUCAAAGGAUUGAAGUUGACUAAAGCACAUUUUCUGAGCACAACAAACUUAAUCUAGCAAUCAAUAAUAAAAAGACAAUUAGACAACCGUAGUUGUUUGGAAAUGGAGUAGCAGAUUUCUUUUUUUUUUUUUUUUAACUUUUAAUGUUUAUUUUCAAGAGAGACAGAAUGUGAGUGGGGGAGGGGCAGAGAGAGGGGGAGACACAGAAUCCAAAGCAGGCUCCAGGCUCCGGCUGUCAGCACAGAGCCUGAUGUGGGGCUUGAACUCACGAACUGUGAGAUCAUGACCUGAGGUGAAGUUGGACACUCAACCAACUGAGCUGCCCAGGUGCCCCAUGAAUAGCAGAUUUCCAAAUAGCCCAGGAGUCAAGAAGAAACCACAACAGAAAUUAGAAAAUAUUUUGAACUCAUUAAAUGAUAAUGAAGAUGCAACAUUAAACUUAUAGAUGUGCAGCUAAAGCUGUGUUUAGAGGGAAAUUUACAGCCUUAAGUACAUGUAUUAGAAAAGAGGAGGGGCGCCUGGGUGGCUCAGUUGGUUAAGUGUCCAACUCUUGAUUUUGGCUCAGGUCAUGAUCUCACAGUGGUGAUAUCGAGCCCAACAUCAGGCCCCGUGCUGAGUGUGGAGCCUGCUUGGGAUUCUUUCUCUCCCUCUCUCUCUGCCCCUCCGGUACCCACUCUCACUCGCUCUCAUGCUCUCUCUCUCUCUCUCUCUAAGAAAUAAAUAAACAUUAAAAAAAAAAGAGGACCAGAUGAACAUAAGGGAAGGGAAACAAAAAUAAUAUAAAAUCAGGGAGGGGACAAAACAGAAGAGACUCAUAAAUAUGGAGAACAAACUGAGGGUUACUGGAGGGGUUGUGGGAGGGGGGAUAAGCUAAAUAGGUAAGAGGUACUAAGGAAUCUACUCCUGAAACCAUUGUUGUACAAUAUGCUAACUAACUUGGAUGUAAAUUUUAAAAGAUAAAAAAUAAAAUUUAAAAAAAAAAGAGGAAAGAAAGGAAAGCGGAAAGUCAUUUAUUUUUAAGUAUCCAUCUCAGAAACCAAAAUAAUUAGCAAGGGAAAAGUGAAGGAAUGACCAUGUGGCUACCUAGGGAGUGUGUGAGAUAGAGAGAUCUAGUUCUGUGUGGGAGGAGCACACCAUAAGCAAACUGGCCAUGGGGUCAGGCUGCCUGGGUUUGUAGCUCAGCAACUCCCAAUCUGUUCAGUAUCUGAGAAGCUUUGGGUGAAUCUUUUCCUCCUCUAUAUCUGUUUUCAUAUCCACAAAAUGGAAAGGAAAUUCUUACCUCCUGAGUUUGUUUAGAGUUUUAAAUGAGUUACUAUAUGCAUACUUUUAGCAUGGUGCUUAGGCAUCUGAUUAUUUUGAACAUCUGUGUCUCUGUGAGAGAGUCACUCUUACAGGCCCCAAGCCUGCAUCUGCCCUGCUCUACAGAUGUGAGCAGAGCCCCAAGUUCCACAUAAUGACAGAGUUCUGACAUUCCUGCAGACCCGGUUCCAACGUUCCAGCCAUUCUGUGCCUCACUGGAGUGCUGCUGCUUGAUGGCCAUCCCCAAGAGCCCUCUGAGCCCCAUGCCCUGGGAACAGGAUGGUUUCCUACGUGUGAAGGUGGAGGAUGAGGAGGCUGGCCUCUCUGAGGUCCAGGAAUCUAGCCCUGGCCACACUGUCCACCCUGAGGCUGCACGUCUUCGCUUCCGGCGCUUCUGCUAUGAGGAGGCAUCCAACCCACAUGAGGCCCUGGCCCAGCUCCGUGAACUGUGCCACCAGUGGCUGCAGCCUGAAGCACAUUCCAAGGAGCAGAUGCUAGAGUUGCUGGUGCUGGAGCAGUUCCUGGGUGCACUGCCACCCAAGAUCCAGUCAUGGGUGGGUGCCCAGUUCCCCAAGAGUGGUGAGGAGGCUGCCAUGCUGGUAGAAGGUCUGACUCGGUCACUGGACAAGAGAGGACAGGAACCAGGAGCUGAGCUCUCAAAGUCAAGCUGCAAGCAGAAUGAUUUGGAAGAGUCCCAGCCACUGGGUAGGGCCACUGAAACCCUCGCGGGAGGUGGUUCCCUGGGACUUGCCUUUGGUGAUGCUUGUGAACCUGAGGGCAGCUCAGAGAGGCAGGCAGGACUCUCAGGGGAAAUCUGGACAAAGUCUGUCCCCCAAGAGAUGGAUUGCAGGAAAACUUCAGAGCCUCACAAGGAUGUUCCCACAGACCAGACCAGCUGUGAACCUGGUGCCUUGGGGAAUAGUCCCAACAUGUGGCCAAAUUUCAUCUCACAAGAGAAGACACCAGAAGAGAAAUUUGAUCCAUUGGAUGGUUAUGGGACGGAGUCGCCAUGCGUAUACUCAAGGAGGAAGUCUUCCAAGUGUGGUGAAUGUGGGAAAACAUUCCAGAGCCCCUCCGCCCUCAAAGCACACCAGAAGAGCCAUUUUCGGAAGACACCCUACACCUGUAGUGAGUGUGGGAAAGCCUUUAGCCGGAGCACUCACUUGGCCCAGCACCAAGUCAUCCACACGGGGGCAAAGCCCCAUGAGUGUAAAGAGUGCGGGAAGGCCUUCAGCCGGGUCACCCACCUAACUCAGCACCAGAGGAUCCACACUGGAGAAAAACCCUACAAGUGCAGGGAAUGUGGCAAAACCUUCAGCCGCAGCACCCAUCUCACCCAGCACCAGCGGGUGCACACAGGGGAGAGGCCCUAUGAGUGUGACGAGUGUGGGAAGGCCUUCAGCCAGAGCACCCACCUGACUCAGCACCAGCGCAUCCACACCGGGGAGAAGCCCUACAAGUGUGACGCUUGUGGAAGAGCCUUCAGUGACUGCUCAGCUCUGAUCCGCCACCUGAGAAUCCACUCUGGAGAGAAGCCGUAUCAGUGUAAGGUUUGUCCGAAGGCCUUUGCACAGAGCUCCUCCCUCAUUGAGCACCAGAGAAUCCACACAGGAGAGAAGCCGUACAAGUGCAGCGACUGUGGAAAGGCCUUUAGCCGCAGCUCAGCCCUUAUGGUUCACCUGAGGAUCCACAUCACAGUACUGCAGUAACCCAAGAAAACUCUCGGGACACAGUAUCCUCCCCUCAGAGGCUCAACAUCUAAGAAAAACCCUGAGUUCCAAAAGAACAAAGAAUGGGGUGGGUGAUAGUACCCCAAAAUGAUGAGGUGCUAAAGGGCAGACUCUGGGGCUGUCUGGGAACAACUCUGCAUUUGGAGACCCAGAUGGAGGCGCCUAAUGAACACAAAGCUAUUCAAACCAUCUGGAGAAGCUUCCAGAAGGAUCCUGCUGCCCUCCAGACCCCACUCAGGCCCAUCUCAGAGAAAGGACAGCUGAGGUGAGGACUUGGAUUUGUCUUCAGAGCCAGGGCAAGUGAAGUUUCUUUUGGGACUCAGUGGUCCCAAGAUGCUCUGGGCAGGAAGGCUCCAGCUUCAUGUUCCCAUGUAGCUGUUCUUGCCUUUUCCUCCCCUGUUUAGCCCAGGAGGGGUACCGGCCCUCGCCCACCUCCGUGCCUUCACGCCUAUUGUUUCACUCCACCUAUUCACGUCUAACUCUAAGGCCAACCUGUGAGGCUGCCUCUUAUGUGAGGCCUUCUCCAGGCCCUCUGUCUGUUUCACAAUCUCCCUUAAUCGAGGGUGCAGCCUGAUGCUUGCCCAGCAUCCAUUUCUCCCUGCCCUCCCCUUCCACAUCCCAUCAGUCAUCAGCCCUGUUGGUUUUACUGAAAACUCACCUCUAAUCAUCUUCUCCACCUUCGUCACUUUCUGUGAGCCCUCAUCACCUCUCAUCUGGAUUCCAUCUGGGGUCUCUUGCCUUCAUUCUCUCCCCCGACCUCUCCCAUUGUUCAAUUCUCCACACCAGGGGGCUCUUUCUACAACCCAAACCUGAUUGUGUCACUCCAUGGUGGAAAGCUCUUCAGUGUACCUUCUACGGCAAACCUUCCUGAAUGGUUUAUAAGUAUGCCAAGACAUAACUCACUUUGAGCCCCGAACAAGCUCUCCAGGUACCCUCAUACGUACAUGUGAAUAUUGUCGUUUUUGUGUGUGUGCAGUGAUGUGAAAAUGGUUUCAGAGUACUGCCCUGUGGGAAUAAUGGCAAACUCCUUCACCUGCAAUUUAUGAUCAUUUGUGACCUGGCCCCAGCCUUGUCUAUCGUAGUCCCCCCACCUUCCACACACCAGUCACGUGGAACUACUUGUGGUUCCUGAAGAAGCCAUAUUUUUCCCACCUACGUGCCUCUGUAACUGUGCCUGGAAACCUCCUCUUCUCUUUCCUCCCUGGCGUUUCACAUAGCCCUCCCUAACAAAGCCUCCCCUAGCUCUCUGAGCUGACUUCAACUUGCCUUCUGUGCUUCCAGAACACCUCCUUAACUUCUCUUCAACUUCCUGUCAUGUUUAUUUACUCCUUGCAGAGCUCGCAGUCUGUUUCCCAAAGACACUGAGAGCUUCCAAAAGCAGGGGCUGGGUCUUAUUCUCAGUACCCAUAGCACAGGACUCAGUAGGCUCUGACCUGUGUCUUCUGAAUGAAUAUACUGUGACCGGUGCCUUCCUGGAGGCAGUCAUCAUGCUCCGCCCUGCGUCGGCCUGAUGUAUGUCUGCAUUGUUGUCUCCCCCAACAGCCCUGGGCCCUGCAGGGCAAGAGCAAUCUGAUUUUCCCAGAGCCCCACCCAUCAGACAAGCCUGGCAUACAGUGGCCUCGAUAAAAUGUUACCAUAUUGAGUCUGCCCUUUCUGUCACCCCAGAAUCCCCCUGGUGUCAUGGACUCUGUGGUUGCCAGCAUGCUGUCAGUGCGCUGUCUGGCCUCUCACGGUUCUGUAUCCCUGACCCUCUUUCAGGGUCCAUGUCUGUAACUGAAUGUCACAGCCUCUGUUCUUAACUGUCAGGUUGUCAAUCUUCCUCUCUUUCUUUGAUGAUCCCAUUGCAUGUUAACCAUUUGACCUGCCAUACAGUUGUGUACUGCUCAUAUCUCCCUGUGUUUCUUCUUGUGUCUUGGACUUGUCCCCUCUGUGUCACAAGUAAAGAGUCACAGAAACCAAGGAGUGAGGUUCAGAACAGGAAGGUUGAGACCCAGGGAAACAGAGAUCUUGUGUCAGUAUCUCUGAGAGAGUCCCAGAUACACCUGCCCACAGGCAGACUGCCACACAGUGAAGCCAGGGCUGAGAGACGCAGAGAAUGUGAACAGGGAAAAGCUCAGAUGUGAGAUACACGUUGCUGGUGAAACAGUCACACAGGCCUCCAACAAGCCCGCAGGAAGUGGAAAAGAUGUAGGCCCAAGUCACGCUGCAAACAGCACUCCUCCUCAGGGCUGCUUUUGGGAUCCCGGGUAAGUGACUUCCCUGAACCUCAGUGACCUGCCCAUCUGUAAAGCAGGAAUAAGAUGACCUGCUUUGUGCAGCACCCAACCCAUGGCCUGGCCACUGGCUCUGACUUGGAGCAUCUGUCUCCACCUCCUGCCCUCACUCUCCUGGUGUUUGGCACUAAAGAGCAGAAUCUCCACCUCUGGUGCUCUGAGCAUCUCCAGCACCCACUUUGUCAUAAGAUUUGUGUCUUCCUAUGUUUGUCUAAAGGGGGAAGAGGUCAGGGGAAAAAAGGAAUCUUUACUGAGCGUCCACAUGUGUUGUUCAGUCUGCCAAAUAAUUUAUGUACAUCAUCUCCCAACACUGAGGGCAGGACCACCAUCCCCACUGUAAGGGACAUGGGGUUGGAGAACAUGAGUGGCCCUGACGUGUACGCUGACAGGGACUGGACACACUGGGAUUUGAAAGCACAUCCAAAUAUGUCAGCAGUUUCAAUAAGCACUACUUAUCAACAAAUAAAGUAAGACAAAUACUAACAUUGUAUUUCUUUCAAAUCCAGGCAUAUGUUCUUUAGAAGAAACACACCUAAAACAAGGACAUGGGAAAGCUGAGGCUAAAGGAAUAGAAAAGGAUAUACAAGGCAGGCAUGAAUCUGAAGAAAGACAAUGAAGCUGUCUUAAUUUCAGACAAAAUAGAUGUUGACACAGAAAAGCAUUAUUAAUGUAAGGUCAUAGGAUCACUAUGUUUUCUUUAAGUUUAUUAAUCUUUGAGAGAGAGAACACAGGAGGGUCAGAGAGAGUGGGAGACAGAAUCCCAAGCAGACUCCACACAAUCAGCUCAGAGCCCAAUGUGGGGGUUGAACUCCCAAAUUGUGAGAUCAUGAUCUGAGCUGAGAUCAAGAGUUGAACGCUUAACCGACUGUGACCCAGGCGCCCCGAAAGAAAGAAUUUUUGAAGAAAUAAUGACUGGAAACGUUCCAAAUUUAUGCCUUUCCAGAAGGUAUAAAUUUACAGGUUCAGAAGGCACAGUGAACCCAAACAGCAUAAUCUCAAACCCGUGCCUGGAUACAUCACAAUUGAACUGCUGAAAACUAAAAUUAAAAAAAAUUUUUUUUUAAUUUUUUAAUGUCUAUUUGAGAGACAGAGAGACAGCACGAGCAGAAGAGUAGCAGAGAGAGAGGAAGACACAGAAUCCGAAGCAGGCUCUGAGCUGUCAGCACAGAGCUUGAUGUGGGGCUCGAACUCAUGAACUGUGAGAUCAUGACCUGAGCCAAAGUCAGACGCUUAACUGAGUCACCCAGGCACCCCGAAAUUUAAAUUUUUUGAAAAGAGUCUGUGAAAAACUGCAUCAUAAAAAUUGAUGCAAAAGAUAAUGAGUUUCUUGUCAGAAAUCAUGAAAGCCAGAAGGCAAAGAAACAACAUUUUUAAAGUGCUGAAAAAAAAAUAAAACUGUCAAUCAAAAAUUCUAUAUCCAAUGAAAAUACACAUCAAGGAGAGCAAAAUAACAUUUUCAAAUGAAGCAAAAUUAAGACAGUGUGUUGCCAGCAGGCUAAAAGUUGUUUUGAUGGAAGGGAAGUGAUAGCAGAAGGAAAACUGGAAUUUUGGUAAUGAAGAGUAACACACUGAAAAGAUUUGAUCUUUUUUUUUUUUAAUUUUUAACGUUUAUUUAUUUUUGAGAGAGACAGAGUGUAAGCAGGGGAGGGGCAGAGAGAGGGAGGGAGACACAGAAUCUGAAGCAGGCUCCAGGCUCUGAGCUGUCAACACAGAGCCCGGCGCAGGACUCGAACUUACAAACCAUGAGAUCAUGACCUGAGCCAAAGUCAGAUGCUUAAUUGACUGAGGCACCCAGGAGUCCCAAUUUGAUCUUUAAAAUACACAUAACUGUGGGGGUGCCUGGGUGGCUCAGUCAGUUAAGCAUCCAACUCGAUUUCAGCUCAGGUCAUGAUCUCACGGUUCCUGAGAUCAAACCCCGAGUAAGGCUCGGCACUGAUGGCAUGGAGCCUGCUUGAGAUUCUCUCUCUCUCCUCUCCUCCUCCCCUACUCUAAAUAAAUAAAUAAACAAAUGAAAAAACAUACACUUAAAAAUAUUUUUAAAGACACACAUGACUUGAAAACAA